AUGGCCAAUUCCUUCAUCAAGCAGGAGCCCUUCAUCAAACCCGAUCCGGAGGCGUCUGGUUCUCCUGCGCAAGUCGAUGAAGAAGAUUUGUAUGAAGAUGCCGGUGACCUCGAAUUCUACGACAACAAGGCUCCCGCCUUCGAGCAACUCUACCUCGCACGCGUUCCUCGAUACAUGUGGGAAGCUUGGUCUAAAUUGACGGAGCGACUCGGCGACAACGAUGAAAUUCAAAUUGGCACUCUGCGAACAUGGACUGAAGCAAAGCCCGAUGGCAGCAAAGAUACCAAACUUCGCAUGCUUCUCUCCGCCAACUGCCCGGAGCAUCAGGUGCUGCCUCGCGAAUAUGACCUAGUAGUCCAAGAACACAACGUUAGCAACCACUUCAUUUUCAGCGAGGAGGAUUUGCCUGGCUUCAAGGCGCGAAGCAAGGCGCGACAAGAGGCUGCCGAUGCCGGCAUCCCUGCCUCAUUGUUGAGGCAGAAACAAGGAAACAACAACGGAGCAGAACGGCCGAGCUACGACCGUAGGAGCCGAUAUCAACCAUACUAUCGAAAAGCUGUCCCGAAAAAGACAAAGGUCUUUGGCAAGAUUGCCUACGAUGUCCGUGUUGAGCCCCACGGCAAAGAUGAGGAAGAACGGGUGCUUCAGCAGAAGAUUCUGGAUGCAGAGGCGAACAAAUCCAAGGUCCAAAUCAUCAGUCGACACGCAGCUUCAGCCGUAGUGAACCCUGGAACUACCCGCGCCGCCGAAUUCGGAGAUAGCUUCAUCAAAAAUAUCGCUGCCACAGCCAAGCCAAAGAAGGGCGAGGUGUUCAAGGCAGCCCGUAUUCCAGAGAACCAGCUUCUGGAUCUCAUUUUCGAUUGUUUCCGCCAGUAUCAGUAUUGGUCGGUGAAGGCUUUGCGACAAAAGCUUCAGCAGCCCGAACAAUACCUUCGACAGGUGCUCGAGAAGAUUGCUGUUCUCAACAAGAGUGGCCGGUUUGCCAACCAGUAUUGCCUGAGCGAUGCCUACCGCGACAAGGGUGGCGCAGAGGCCCAGGAGGCUGCUGCUGAACCUGUUGAUGACGAUGAGGACGAUGCGGAGAUGGAGGAUGUGUUGCCUGUUUCCUAG